AGAUGAAAUUGGAUUAAUACCCUGCCCUGAAGCCAGGUAUAACCGCAGCCCUAUCGUCCUGGUAGAAAACAAGCUUGGUGUGGAGAGCUGGUGUGUCAAGUUUCUUUUGCCGUAUGUCCACAAUAAACUUCUCCUCUACAGACAAAGAAAACAAUGGCUGAACAAAGAUGUCGAAAAGACUGAACUAGGCUGUAAUAAGCUUUUGCUUAACCCUGACUUCACCACUGCUUGGAACGUGAGGAAAGAAUUAAUACUGUCUGGCACUUUAAAUCCACUUAAAGAUUUGCAUCUUGGAAAACUGGCGUUAACCAAGUUUCCAAAGAGUCCAGAAACAUGGAUUCAUAGACGAUGGGUGCUGCAACAUCUAAUUCAGGAAAACUCCUUGCCUGGUGUUGUGACUAAAGGAAACUUGGGAGCAGCACCUGUGGAGAGAAUUCACGGACUAGUACAGGAGGAAAUGAAUGUCUGCUCUGAAGCUGCUGGGAGAUAUCCAAGCAACUACAAUGCCUGGUCCCAUCGCAUCUGGGUUUUGCAGCAUUUGGGAAAGCUGACUGUCAAGGUUCUCCUUGAUGAACUUUCAGCCACUAAAUAUUGGGUAUCCAUGCAUGUCUCAGAUCACAGUGGAUUUCAUUACCGCCAGUUCUUACUCAAGUCCUUGAUAGGCAGAACUGUGACUGACAAUAAUGUACUGGUACAAAAUCAAACAGUAAAUGAGCAAAACCCUAGCCUUCAAAAGGAGGAGGAGAGUGCAGGGGCAGAAGCUGCCUGUGCAGAGGAGCAGAGUGUGGAUCUCCCUUGCUGUUUAGAGGAAGAGUUGGAGCUCUGCACUGAGCUGAUUAGUGCUUACCCAGGGCAUGAAACCUUGUGGUGUCAUAGAAGGCGUGUGUUCUACCUUCAGCACCACCUAAGUGCAACAAGUCACAUGGCACAAGCUAUGGAUGUUGAUGGUUUGAAUGAAUCCAGCAGCAAACAAGGAUAUACCCAAGAAACAAAACGCCUGAAGCGUGCUCCUAUGCAGGACUCUCUUGGUCCAGAAAUGGAAUACCGGUUCAUUGAUAAAGUAUUAUCAACUUCUAGGGAUGUGGACCAAGCCAGGUUUGCUACUGCUUAUAGGAAAUGGUUAGUUACUUUUUUAG